CUGUCAGUUGAAUUUUGUGUUCGAGCUUGGAGUUGCAGCGUUGCAGGCAGGCUUGCUUCCUCUCGUCCUUAAGUUGUCAGUGUCUGUCAAGUCCAGAACACAUUAUUAUUAUUAUUUCAUUUUUGUGGCAGAAAUUUGAGUGAAUAUUGUGUUGUGUGAAAGAGUUUUGCAACCUACAGUUCUCUAAGAACUUUCCAGGAAGAAAAAUGCAUUAGGUCGCCAAAAAAGAUCGAAUAGAAAUCCAGCAAUAUGCCUGAAAUGGAGCAGCAGCGUGUUUGGGUGUCAGAUCCAAUCGAUGGAUUUGUGCUCGGACAAAUUGUCGACAUAGGCUUGGAUGAAGUGACCAUCAAACCAUUCGACACUAAAAAACCAAAAGUCACCUGCAGCUUAGAUCGUCUGUACACGGCAGAAGAGCACGACAACAAGGAUGUAGAUGAUAAUUGUUCCUUGAUGAAUCUAAAUGAAGCAACACUCCUCAACAAUAUCAGGAUACGAUAUAGUAAAGAUAAAAUCUAUACUUAUGUAGCAAAUAUAUUGAUAGCUGUGAAUCCGUAUUAUGAAAUAAAAGAUCUCUACUCUUCAAAAACAAUCAAGAAUUACCAAGGAAAAUCUCUGGGUGUUUUACCUCCUCAUGUAUUCGCUAUUGCUGACAAAGCGUUUCGUGAUAUGAAAGUGUUGAAGAUGUCGCAAUCGAUCAUAGUAUCUGGAGAGUCUGGUGCUGGAAAGACGGAGUCAACCAAAUAUCUACUCAAGUAUCUUUGUGAUCUUUGGGGCUCUGCGGCUGGUCCCAUUGAACAAAAAAUUCUAGAUGCCAAUCCGGUUUUGGAAGCAUUUGGAAAUGCAAAAACUACCAGGAACAACAACUCAUCCAGAUUUGGCAAAUUUAUGGAAGUGCACUUCGACUCGAAAUGCUCCGUGGUUGGAGGCUACAUCUCUCAUUACCUUCUCGAGAAAUCCAGAAUAUGCACUCAGAGCCCCGAAGAGAGAAACUACCACAUCUUCUAUUUGCUGUGUGCCGGUGCUCCAGAAGCGGUCAGGACCAAGCUGAGCAUAUCAAAGCCCGAUGACUUCCAUUAUCUGCGAAACGGUUGUACACAAUAUUUCACAAGUAGCAGAACUGAAAAGCUGUUGAAUAAUGAUCAUAAGAGUAAGCAGCAGAGAGACAAGGGUGGCUCGCGAGUCACCUCGGGCAGCGAGUGGAGCCUGAAGACGGCGGCCAAGCUCAUGGCAGUUGACCCCGAGGAGCUCCGGCAGGCGCUCGUCUCAAAGGUCAUGAUGACCAACCGCGGCGGACUCAAGGGAACUGUUAUCAUGGUUCCAUUGAAAGUGUAUGAGGCUAAUAACGCGAGAGAUGCUCUAGCCAAGGCGAUGUAUAGCAAACUGUUCGACUACAUAGUGUUCAGGAUAAACAAGAGCAUCCCGUUCAAGGCAUCCAGCUACUACAUCGGAGUGUUGGAUAUCGCAGGCUUUGAGUACUUCACAGUCAACAGCUUCGAACAAUUCUGCAUCAACUAUUGUAAUGAAAAGCUGCAGCAGUUUUUCAAUGAACGAAUUUUGAAAGAUGAACAAGAGUUGUAUUCUCGGGAAGGUCUACAAGUGAAGAAGAUUGAGUUUGUCGAUAAUCAGGAUUGUAUUGAUCUUAUUGAAGGCAAACAGAACGGAAUAUUCAGUCUUCUCGAUGAGGAAUCAAAACUUCCAAAGCAUUGUGCUGCGCAUUUCACAACGGAAGUUCACAAGAACUGGGGUAAUCAUUUCCGGUUAGCUCUACCCAGAACAUCCCGUCUGAAAGUCCAUCGCGAGAUCAGAGACGAUGAAGGAUUCCUGGUCCGUCACUUUGCAGGUGCUGUUUGCUACCAAACUAAUCAGUUCAUCGAGAAGAACAACGAUGCACUGCACGCUUCUCUUGAAGGACUGAUCCAGGAGAGUCAAAACCCAUUCUUGCAAAGCUUGUUCGCCACCAGUAACAGUGGAAGUUUGAAAGGCAAACUGACAUUCAUUUCGGUCGGAUCAAAGUUCAAAUCUCAGUUGAGUGAGUUGAUGGAGAAGUUGAAGAGCACUGGUACAAACUUUAUAAGGUGCAUCAAACCGAACCAGAAAAUGGUGGACCAUCAAUUUGAAGGUGGUUCAAUAUUGUCUCAACUUCAGUGCUCGGGAAUGACUAGUGUUCUAGAACUGAUGCAGCAAGGGUUCCCAUCAAGGGCUCAGUUCACCGAUCUCUACGACAUGUACAAGAAGUUCCUGCCGCCUGAGCUGGCCAGACUGGAUCCGCGUCUGUUCUGCAAAGCUCUGUUCCGAGCACUCGGCAUGAACGAGAACGAUUAUCGCUUCGGUGUGUCGAAGGUGUUUUUCCGGCCUGGCAAAUUCGCCGAAUUCGAUGCAAUCAUGAGGAGUGACCCUGAGAACCUGGCCAACAUGGUGGCCAAAGUGAAGAAGUGGCUGCUCGUGUCGCGCUGGAAGAAGACACAGUGGUGCGCCCUGUCCUGUGUCAAGUUGACCAACAAAAUCAAGUACCGGCGAGAGUGCCACAUUGUCAUACAGAAGAAUAUACGAAUGUAUCUGGCUAAGAAACGUCAUCGGCCAAGAUACAAAGGCAUUGGAAAAAUCAAUAGUCUACAGUCAAUGCUGGUACGAAUGGAGUCAAUUAUUUCUCAGUUGAAGAAAGAGAAAGAAUCAAGUAUUAAAGAAGUUAAAGCCUUGCAAAACGAUUUACAUUCAGCUGUUAAUAAAAUAAAGAUAAAUCCUAACAUCAAAGCGGAUGAAGUGAACCAAAUGUACACUCAACUGAUGAACAAGGCAAAUAGUCAAAUGGGAAGUUUACAGAAGAAGCUGCAGGAGCAGAAGAGCGCUGAUGAACAGGAACGCCUGAAGAAAAUACAAAUUGAGAUGGAGAAUGAGAGAAAGCGCAAAGAAGAUGAAGACAAGAAGAAAAAGGAGGAAGCUGAUAUAAGAAAAAUGUAAGUUGCAUUUCCAUUUUCCUAGCUAUUGAAGAUAAUCGUACAAUGGAGAAUCAUUCAUUUUCCAAGUCUAUACCUUAUUGACUUUCAAAUCGAAAUGGAGGCCCAAGAGGAUUCACUAUUCAGAGAACAGCUGGAACAGGAGAGGCGAGAUCACGAGCUGGCACUGCGUCUGGCCCAGGAGACAAACGGACAGAUAGAGGACCUUUCUCCGCCCUCAAGAAGGUUCUCUGGGGUCCAGAUGUCACAUUCCACCUCCAAUAACAAGCUCAACAGGUCAGAAAAUGUUCGUGCCCAGCAAGCACAAAAUAAUUCCAAGUAUGAUCUUUCAAAAUGGAAGUAUUCAGAGCUAAGAGACACAAUCAAUACAUCCUGUGAUAUUGAAUUAUUGGAGGCUUGUAGGAUUGAGUUCCAUCGACGGUUGAAGGUGUACCACGCGUGGAAGGCGAAGAACAGGCGCCGCACCACAAUGGACGAGAAUGAGAGGGCACCUCGUUCGGUUAUGGAUGCAGCAGCCAGAACGCCGCGCGUGCAGGCGAAGGCGCCGGUGAACACGAGCACCCAGCGCUACUUCCGCAUUCCGUUCAUCCGGCCGGCGGCGCUGGCCAAUGGCAGCCACGUGGACAUGAAUGCGCUCAACGAUGCAAACAACAAGCGCGGCUGGUGGUACGCCCACUUCGACGGCCAGUACGUCGCCCGCCAGAUGGAGCUGCAUCCCGACAAGGCUGCUAUACUUCUUGUCGCAGGUAUGGAUGACAUGCAGAUGUGUGAACUCAGCUUGGAUGAGACUGGUCUCACUAGGAAGAGAGGAGCUGAAAUCCUGGAGCACGAAUUCAACAGGGAAUGGGAGAAGCAUGGAGGCAAACCAUAUGUAAGAGCAGCGGAUCGCGCCAAGUAAUUCAUGCAAAUGUAACAUUUUGGAAAACAGUAAACUUCAUAAAGAUAAAUUCUAUCUUUGCAUUUUAAAAACAAAAGAGCAUGUUGGGUGAACUAACUUCAUACGUUUGUUGUUUGGAUAAGCGGUUGAGUGUAUCAUCUGAAUUAUCAUGUAUGCUUCUAUUCCGUAAAUAUCUUUACUAUAAUUUAUAUAGUAACAUUCACUAUUAUUAUCAUUCCAUUUUUCCCAAAUCUACCAUCCUGCAUCUUUUAAAUGCAUUCCAAUUUCUUAAGUAUCUGAAGAAUUCGACUCAAACAUGAUUAUCGUAACCUAUAAAUUGAUAUAUUUGAAGACAUUUAUAAUGAUGUGAUGAAGAAAUAAAUAAUCAAUAUGAUUUUUUUUUUUUUAAUUGCUGUAAUACAUAAGUAGUAUUUCUGUUGAGACCAAUGAGAUUGAAAAAAUAUAAGGUAUAUUUAGAAAUUAUAUAAUAAUUAUUUACAAUCUGAAAUGUCUUGAAGACUUGUACAGUAUUAGUUUUAUGCAAUCUAAUCAUGUGAUACGUUUACAUCAAACUAUAUAGAUAUGUAAACAAAGUAAUAUUUUUUGGAAAGAUGUUUCUGAAUCAAUAAUUAGUCAAUUCAAAUGAACUGUUCAUUUUAUGCUAUUUGGAAAAAAUAUUAUUCAACAUACAUUUUGUUCAAACUGUCUCAAGGUAGACACAUAAGAAGAUACAGUAAAAUGCAUUAUAAUGCGUCACUGUAGUUGAGUGGAAUCUUAAACUUUACAAGCCACUCCAUUCAAAACUCCAUUUGUAAUAUUAUUCGAAUUAAAUGUAUAAUAUUUUUUUCAAAUGAUCAGUACCAAUCAAUUAUUUAUCAAGUAAUUAUAUUUUUGUAAUAUAAUAAAUAUAGUGAAGAACAAAUAAAAUAACGAUGAAGAAUAAACUACGACAAGCUGUCAUAUCAUUAGAAUGCUUGAAUUCUCAUAGAAUUUAUUUUUCCUCUAGAGUCAGCCGAUUACAGUUACUUUUUAAACUUGAUGUUCAAAACUUAUGCCCUCCAAAUAACUGAAAAUAUUCAUAAUCAUUUUACAUUUGUUAUUGAAAGUAUUUUUUAUUCGUAUUAAGUAAAUACUUAUGCAGUAAUGUGCCUUAUAAUAGAUAUUUAAUUCUUUACAAGCUUAUGCUGAUACACACCCAUUGGAGUUGCCCAAUAAAUGGAACAAAAAGGAACAAUGUAUUAGGCCCUAGAUUGUGGCGGAUCAUGCAGACACUUUGAUACAAGAUUGAAGAAAAAACAUUAACUUUUACUAAGAAUUUUCACCAGUAAAGAAAUAUAGUCACGAAUAUACACUAAAUUUGUAUAAAAUAGAAAUACAAAAUUUUUCGCUUAAUGAGUUUUAAGAAAUGUCCAAAGAAGAAGCACCGAAGUAACCAUAAAUCGCCGAAAAUAAUUUUGAAAACGCGUAAAUAAAUUGAGUUCAGAGUUGUUUCAGGUUUAGAAAUAUUAUACCAUAUGUUAUGUUUCAUCCUGUUGUUUCUUGUUCAGCCAUGUCUUUCAGUUUUAUGUCGUUCUUUUAGCGCAUUGUUCAUUCUACUCUUGAAGGACUUCACCUUGGUCGUCAUCAAUUACAUCUGGCGUUGAUGUCUACGCUCCUGCGCUGCUUCUGAGUCCUUGUCAUCGGUAUCCUCCUCAGAUUCGCUCUCCUCAGUCUCCUCCUCAUACUCGGACUCCUGUUCAAAUGGGGGGGGGGCAGCGAAGUGUAUGGAAGCCAUAGAUGCAGCGAGCUUCUUGGAUGACGGCUGCUUAGAGAUCUGAGUGACUGGGGAUCCCUUCUCGUAAGCCUUCAGCUGCAGUUCGAUCUGCUCAUUCCUGAGCCAGGCUGACUCCAGUUUGGCGCGUGUUGUGUCCAGCUCUUCUACUAUUUUCUGGUACUUGUCUUCCAUUUCCUUAGCGACAGCUGCUGGUGCGGCUGCUUCUUAAUUCAGUUUUUGUACUAGCUCCUCAUCCUCUUCGGUUUUAACUUGGAGCACAGCACCUCCCCUCUCCGACUCAAUGUGUUUCGUAGCCUUCUCUUUCUCAAGUUCAACUCCCAAGUUGAGCAGCCUAGCCAUGAGCCGCUUGUUUCUCUCUCUCUCUCUCUCUCUCUCUCUCUCUCUCUCUCUCUCUCUCUCUAGCCCCUCCUUGUUCCUGAGUUGGAGGGCCAGCAUCUGUUUAGCGGACUGCAGAUCGUCUCUGACUUUGUCAAUGUCGUCCAAUUCGUCUGGUUCAGCGGCCAAAGCUACCACAUCUGCUACUUAAGUCGAUUUCUGUAUCUGCUCCUCUAUGGUCAUUUGGCGGCGGAAUUUUCUGAGGCCAUCAAGUAUUGGUCUACUCCUACCAUUGGUUCUGGUCUUUUUCAGUCUCACUCCUUGUUGAAUUUGUUUGAGCAGUUGAUUUUGAGCAUUGUCCUUUUCUGAUUCAUAAACAAACUGUCAUUUGGCUUUUGCCUCAGGUAAUAUGGGAACGCUACGAUCGUUGCAUUGGACAUGUUUUAAUUGGAAUAUGGCUCUGUGUUCUGGUCACCAUACCAUCAAUACCAGAUUAACCUACUGCAGAGACGUUUCUUGAGGAUGCUGGCCUACAAGAUGGGUUUCAACUACUUUGAAGUUCCCGUGGAAGAAAUUGAGGGACAUUUCCAUCUCCUACCUUUGGUUCUGAGGAGGAGACACAAUGACCUGGUCCUUCUUUUCAAGAUUGUCAAUGAAUAUUUGGACUGCCCUGAAUUGCUGGCAAGCAUUGACAUCUGUGAUCCAAGAGGGACACGCUCCAGGACUUUUUUCCGCAGACGCUGUCACACAACGGCCCAUGCCUACAGUAGUGGACUGUCUAGAGUACUUCGUUCUGGUUGUGAGGCUGCUGCAGCUGAAGUUGAUUUCGUUGGGGUGUCCCUGGGCUCUUUCAGGAGAAUUAUGAUGAGAGCUCUGCAUCUGUGAGUUUAGUGUUCCUUUUCUUGCUGUUUGCCCCCAUUGUUAAUCUUUCAUGUUUAUUUCCUCUUCGAUCUAUAUCUACUGUUAAAUGUGUUUUCUUGUGUAUUUUGUUUUUGUAUUUUUGUUUAUAUUAUUCACAUAGUUGAUAUUCAAAUAUUGAAAAUUGUUUUUUAUAUUUUUUGCUUGUAUCUGUUUUUCGCUGUUAUUUUUCUAUAAAAUUGGUGUUGUAUCGUUGGAAGUUGAAUAAAUAAAUUAAUAAAUUUAGCACCCUGCUCGACUUCUUUCAUCAUAUCUGUCCAGUCAGGACCUCUCCUGGGUCUAGCUCGCAAAGUUUCUAGCUCAGCUGCCUUCUCUUUCAAAAUCGGCUUUUUGUCUGCUGGAGGUUUCCUAUUGGCUCAGGGGGACAUAGGUAGCGAUAGUGGAGGAGGAGGUGAAGAGGGGGAGAAUCAUUUUCCAUUUUAGGCUUCUUUCUUACGACAGGUGGGGUAACUGCAGUUUCAGGCUCUUUCUUCACAGAUUGGAACUACCUUUUCAGGUAGGCUUUUUCUUGUGGCACCCUCACUGGCCCUCUUGGCACUCAGCUGGCCUGUUGGUGCUGCUUGGGUAAUUUUCCAUUCUCUUUCACUGCAGGAUUUGAAGGUAUUAUUGUGAUUUUGCUUUGCUUCCUUUGUUGACCUGAUGAUUCUCCCUGUGAUGAUACAAUCCAUAUAAUGACUCAGAUUGUUGGUGUCAAGUGAAUUCUUCGUGCACUGUGAGAAGUUGAUGUUAAUUUUGAACUACAAUAAUUCGGACUAUCUGCAUAACCUACAAUUCAGACUGUUAUUCUCGAAAUAGAUGUUGACAGCAACCUGUUCAAAUCACGUUGUCCUUAUUGUAUAGGCCUACGGUAUGUGUGGAAGGUUUGAAUGAUAGUUAUAUACUUCAUGAGUUUCAAGAAAUAUCCAAAGAAAAAGCACCGAAGUAACCAUAAAUUGCCGAAAAUAAUUUUGAAGAAGCGUAAAUAACCGGAGUUGUUUCAGUUUUAGAAAUAUAAUACCAUAUUUUAUGUUAAUUAAUUUAAUAAAUUAAUUAUCUCCACUUAAUAAGAUUUGAAGACGAAUUACUUACUCUUAUUCAAACAAGCACCAACUACCAUCUGACCAUUCGACUCAAUCACGAAGACUUAGCAAAACCAGGUUUCCAACUUUACAAAGUGAAAGAUCCCUAAACCUAAUGUAUUUUCUAAAAUUUUCAAUAAUUACAAAAAAAACUUUGAGUUCUUCGGCUGUUUCAUGUCUUUCAAAUAAAUCAAUGGAUAAAGAAGAAUGAUAAAAUUAAAUUUUCGUACGAUGCGAAAUAAAUAACGACAAUGCCUGUGGGUGUUAUAUAUUUAAAAAAAAAUAAUUCUUGUCAAAAUGUUUCUGAUCCAUAAACCAAUCCAUUAUUUUUCAUAUAGUUCUAUUACGAAUUAAUAUUUUAAAAAUUCAUAGUGCAAUCUAUCUACAUGCCAAAGGCUAUGUAAUAUAUUCAUGUUAUUACCAAUUACUAUAGUAUCAUACAAUGAUAAUAUAUGUUAUCUGUGAAUUACUCUGCUCAAGCUAUUUAUGACAGUGUAUGAUCGAAAUUAUAUUUUAAAAAAUCAUUAUAUCAGAAAAUAUGUAGCCUAUUAUACAUUAUAUAUUAUAUAAAUGUUGCAAAUUCGUAUUAUUUUAUGGAUUAAAUAGAUGUAUAUUACUGUUUUUCGAGUGUAUCAGAAAUAAAAAUAUAUAUCGCUGGUUGUGAUACCCGAAUGAAACUAUUGCUGUAUUUUUAGAAUGUUGAACCAUUGCAGAAGAGUAUCUAUGAGAUUAGUCAAGUAGCAUAUAAUAUUAUAGUAAGAUAAAUAAAUCUAAAUCCCUUCAGUAUUUAUGGUAGAUGAUACUAAUCUAUUUUUGUGACCUUUAUAUUUCAAAGCAGAUUACAUUUACAUUUUAGUUUUUCUUUUGUUCCAUUCCAUUAGUAUUUUCAUCAAUAUUGUUCUCAAUUUGUGAGGCCCUUAUCAAUAAUGAUUUUAUUCUUGACUUUUAUUUUGUAAUCCUUUCUACGUAAGGGUUUAUUAUU